AUGGAAACGCGGGCGAGAGGACGAACGUUAUCGGUCGAUGAGCGUCCUACCGUCGUAGCAAAGAAGCCGUUGGGUGAGAAGAAACUAGCGACCAUCGCCGAGGAACCGGCAUCGGCAGGAGUGCCAGCGCGGACAAUGGCGACGGCGGGAGUUAAAUCGGCGGGAGCAGCGACGAAGCCGGCAACUUCCACCGGGGUUUCCACCGGGGAAGUGCGCCGGAUGCUGGCGGACGCGAAGGCGGAUAACGAAAUGACGAUUGGUAUCGUCAAACGAUUGGAGGAACAGAUUCAGAUGCUGCGCCUUCAAAUUGAGGCCUCCAACGAACAACUGAAGGAGGCACGAAAGGAGGCGAAGGAGGCGCGAGAAGAGGCUCGUAUGCGCGAGGCGGAAUACCGUGAGGAGACUCGGCAGCGUGAGGCGGAACACCGCGAAGAGCUCCGGAAGGAGAAGGAGCUCUUUAACGCUCUUCUGGCGCAAACCCUGGGGGGAACAGGCGCAGCUCGGCCGGAGAGCCAGCAGGAGCUGCAGCGUGAGCAGGAGAUGAUCCGGAGGCUGGAAAGCCAGCAACGGCAGGAACAGCGGCAGCAGCUGGAGGAGCAGCAGCGCCAACGGUGGCGUAAACAGCAGCCGCAGCAACAACAACAGCAGCGGCCACCUGUGCAGGAGUGGCCGACGGUUCAGCAGAGCGGGCGUGUUCAGCGUCGGGGCGCGGUGAAGUCGACACCCCCGGCGGUGCUAAAUGAACCGGGAGAGUGGGUGGAGGUCGUUAGCGGCAACCGCCGUAAUAACAAGCGGAAUGGAGCGAAUCGGCCCCGGCAGCCAGCCCAGCAGCAGCCAGUGCACCGGCAGUAUCAGCAGUGGGCGCACCAGCGAGCGGGGCAGCAGCAGCAGCGGUUGGAGAUACACCAGCAAGAGAAGCGGCGUCCGCGACGGAAGCGUCCGGACGAGAUCAUCGUGGUGCCCGCCCCGGGAGUCUCGUAUAAAGAUAUGUAUGUAAAGCUCCGGAGCAGCCCGCGGAUUGCAGACUUCCAGCGGCAAAUAGGUGUCGGCAGAAGAACGCCGAAGGACCACCUCCUGCUGCCUUUGUCGCGUGAUGUAGACAGCGCGGCACUGAGAGAUAUCAUUGAGGAGGUGAUCGGGGAUAGCGGAUCCGUCACGGUCAAGACGGAAAUGGCUGAGGUCGUCAUGACGGGCAUCGAUAAUAUGAUUGACGAGGAGGCAAUCAAGAAGGCGCUCAGGACCUCGCUAGCCUGUGGUGGACAACCCUCGGAUUAA